CGAGCGUUGCUCGCCCAGAUCUGCCGCGCCGAAGGGGGAGCAACGCUCGCUCGAGCAGCAGCUCGAGCUCCAGCGAUUCCCGAUCGGAAAUUUCUGAUCCCGAUUCCCGAUCAGAAAUUUCCUCAAUUUCUCCGAGAACGAACGAGGCGCGGGGAUUUCUCUCUCUCUCUCCUCGUACUCUCGAUUUCGCCCGGUCGAGAUUCCCGAGGGGUUGGGAGCGGCGCGUGGUCGGGCGGCCGCCGCGGGUGGUGGUGGUGGUGGAGGAGUAGAGGAUGAGCUUCCAGGAUCUCGAGGCCGGCCGCGGGCCGGGAGGGUCGAGGCGCGGGGAGCUGCUCAAGGACGCCACGCAGGCCGUCGUCUCUGGCGUCUUCCAGAUCAACACCGCCGUCAACACCUUCCAGCGCCUCGUCAACACCCUCGGCACGCCCAAGGAGACCCCCGAGCUCCGCGAGAAGCUGCACAAGACAAGGCUACAUAUUGGACAGUUGGUGAAGGAUACAUCGGCCAAGCUUAAACAAGCUAGCGAAACAGAUCAUCACGCUGGACUUAGUGCCAGAAAGAAGAUUGCAGAUGCCAAACUGGCAAAAGAUUUUCAGGCGGUUCUUAAAGAGUUUCAGAAGGCUCAACGGCUUGCAGCUGAGAGAGAAACAGCAUAUGCACUGUUUGUUCCCCAGGCCAUACUUCCUUCGAGCUACACAUCCGGAGAGAUUGAUGUCAGUUCAGAUACGAGUCCAGAACAGCAGGCCCUUCUAGUUGAAUCCAGAAGGUUAUAUCUGCAAAUUUUUCAAGAUUUGUUUUCCCACUUUCUUAUGUCAAUGUGUAAAGCCUUACUGUUUGGUUCACGGAUGUUUUGAUCUGAUGAAGCCAUCAAUGUAACUUGUAAGUACUGCAUAUGCUUUAUGAUGCUUUUAUGGGGUUGUUCUGUAUUGGCUCAUCAGCACUGUGUCUUCCUUUCCUUUUAGGUUUGCUCAGCCUGAUCAUCUCACAAAAUUUCCUCUAGUGACAUGAUGUCAUUUGAUUAUAGGAUAUGCUAGUCUUGAUAAAUUCUUGUUAGCAUCUAGCA